CAAAAGAACACGAUUCUUUAGUUCCGUAACAAGAUAAAGUUUUGAUUUGGUUUUGCACAACGUUACCUAUUGUGUACGGUUAAUAACGGAAUUAAUAGUAUGAUGCUUCGUUGGCGUGCGGUUCCUGUGGGAUUUAGCCGAUGGAUGUCCACCGUUCCGGCGGUGUCGGAGCAGCGUGCCGCAGUGGUUGGCCAACCACCCGAGGUAUUGCAGCAUCCGGAUUACUUUGGAGUUCAUAAACUUUUCACUGUCGAGGAUCUGUUCAAAGCCCGAGUCCACCUCGGACACAAGGAGGGAACGUUGAACGAGAACAUGAAAGGCUAUUUGUUCGGCUGUCGUCUCGGACACUGUGUGAUCGAUUUGGACAAAACGGCCGACCACUUGAGGGCAGCACUAAACAUUGCGGCCCACAUUGCGUACCGUGACGGGAUCAUUUUGUUUUUCAACCGAAAUGCACUCAACUCCCACCUGGUCGAGCGAACCGCCAAAGAGUGUGGAGAGUUCGCGCACACGCGGUACUGGCGCGGCGGAGUGUUCACCAACGCCAAUGUGCAGUUCGGGGCCGUUACCCGUUUGCCGGACCUGUGCAUUUUUCUCAACACCAUGAACAACGUCCUGGACAUGCACACGGGCGUACGUGAUGCUGCUAAAAUGAACAUCCCCACCAUCGGCAUCGUCGAUACGAACUGCAAUCCCAAUUUGAUCACUUAUCCCGUGCCUGGGAACGACGACACGCCCGUAGCCAUCGAGCUGUACUGCAGUUUAUUCAAAAAGGCCAUUCUGAUGGGAAAGGAAAAACGAAAAGAGCACCUCGCGGUGGCCUAGGGGGCAGGGAAGUCGUUUACGCAGUGAAAUAAAU